AUGACUGUCGAGACCGCGAACGCCUCGUGGCAUCCGGCUUUCAUGCCAAAUGUUGCCAGUGGCGACGUAUCCGCUGAUGCCGCACCACCCUCAACCGCAAAUCACGACACAUCACCUCGGCCCGCUGCUGCCGAAAAACACCUCUCCGAUGAUACCGACCGUAGCCACGAAUCACAGCAAACAUUCUCUUUCGAGGACAAGCCUGCGGGAGGAAGCACUUCCUGGCUGGGCGCGGAUGCUACUCAGGACGAAUCUGACGAUUGGCCCAACUUUGGUCAACCGGAUACUCUCCCAGUCGAAUCGAAGGAGAAUGGUGAAGAAGCUCCAGCUACAACGGAGGUCCCAACUGAAGCUUCAGCUUGGCAACCCGGACCGAUCCCUGUCACCCAGGAGGCCGCGACGCAACAGGAUGUCCCCGCCGAUGAUGCCAAACCCGCCGGUCCCACGUUAGGUCACACCAGUAACGACUCCUUUACCCGAACGGUUGCCCACGAAGUUAAUUGGGACGACGACCACGAGGAAUGGACGCUUUCUCGAAGGGACACUGAUCCGUUCAAGUUCAUGCCGCCCAAUGACAGAACAAACUCUUUUCCGCCGGUGCCGCCUGUCGGAGCUUCCACCUCCGCUCCUGGAGAGGAGCACCCUUUACCGUCAAAUCAAGCUGAGGAUCUGAUGCACGAGAUCGAGAACACACCGGACCAUUAUGACGCGGCUGGCGACGAGCAAACAUACAAUGCUGCUUCUGCACUCGAUUCAGGUUUUGGGAAUGACACCGAGGAUAAUCAGCAGUACGUCGGUCGUGAUGAAACCUUUACCGAAGAGGAGGGUCUCGGCUCGCGAUACGAAGAGGGCGUUCCUUUGAUUUCUCAAGUGGAUACAAAUGGCGAUGCGCCACAGGCCGGGCAAUCAUUCACAGAGUUUGGCGACGACGAAGCCGCCGAUGAUGACUUCUUCAGCAAGGUUCAAGACACAAAUGAUGACGAUUUCCCCGACUUUAGCGGCAAGCAACCCCUUGAACGCAAAUCCACCAUGCAAGUACUGGGUGCCCUGGACGACUCUACGCUUUCCAGAAAAGACACGUUGGACGACAUGUUGGAAGAGGACGAGGAUGAGGAAGCGUGGCAGGCCACCCAGCCGACGGAGACGUCAACCAGUACUGCACCGGAGCCCACAGAAACCGAGACUACACAGCCCGAAGAUGCUGAAGCCAAGCCCACGGAAGACUUGGCCGCGAAAUGGGAGCAAGCCUUCGCAGGUGAUGAAGAGGAUGAUUUCUUACUCGACGAUACGCUUGACGCGUCUGGCGAAAGCAAGUCUGUUGACCCCUCGGCGUUUUUCGGCAGCGACGACGAAGGCUUCCUCGAGGAUGAUGACGAGCAGCAGGCUGCCCCUGCUGCUCCGGCCGCUAACCAGGCGCAAACAUCUGGCACCCAGGGACGCUACACACCUCAAACACCUGCCGCUGCUCUUCAAAGGAGUAGCUCUAAUCCUUACGCUCCUGCACAGCCGGCAUUGUCUGCUUAUCAACCUCAGGCGGCUGCCUCGCCAUUCAUCCCAGCACCUUAUGCCGUCCAGCGUACCCAGUCAGCCGCUCCUUAUGCGGCAGAACAGCAGCUGAGACCCGAACCUUCCAAAGCCCAAAGCUUUGCUGCCCAGUCCAAGGGCGGCUACACAUCGCCCUCCGAGAAGUCCUGCGACGGGACCGGCCCCGGGCCCCCCUCCCAGGAGCUCAAGCAUGCACGCGUCCACUCCUCCGCCCCGAAGAGCCGCUUCUUCCAGCGUCUCUCCGCCAGCCUCAAGUCAUUCCGGCCAGCCUCCAGCGGGUGGGAAGCCUGCGCCGGUGCUGCGGAACAAGGACAGCUUUUUCGAAGAUUUGCCAAUGACUUCAAAGCCUAG